CCCUAGUUUCAAGAUGGACGGCGAAGAGCCACCAAAGGAAAAUUCCGAUAAUCCAGAGCCAAGGCCACCAAAGAAAGCUAAGAACCUCAAAGAUGCUACUUCCCACCUCAAACAGGAAGCCCUGAGGCGCUAUCGUAUAAGGCACAAGGGAUCGUUUGACCGAUAUGAGUCCGAGUAUUCGAAUCUGACAGAAAAAUCAAUUGUAUCUGAAGAUCAUGAAGAUCCUAUUGAGGAGGAUGAAAUUGGAGAAGAUAGAGGUGAUGAUAUGGAUGCGCACAGUAGGGAGGGCAAUGCUGAAUCACAUCACAGUCAAUGGGGCACAAGGUCUACUCCCACUGGCAAUGUGCAGCCCAACAACGUAGCCAAAGAAGCAACCCAAGCAAAGAAGCAUGAAACAUCUUCAGGCCUUCUUCACCAGCCAGCACCCAAUCAGGAUGUCCAGAUGGAGAAUGAAGGAGGCACAGGACAGAGUCAUGCGGUCACUGAUAAAACAUUCUCUGGGAAUAAUGAAAGUAAUGGUCAGAGCCCCAAACAUGACUCCUCGGUGUUGUCCAGUGAAGUGUCACCUCAACCAAGUCCACCCAAAUCUGUUACAACUUCUCGGCAACCCCCUUCAACUUCUCCUUCACCCCAUCAUACCUCCUCACCAACCCCACGGACAUCCCACCCUACCCUCAUAGAUUCACAGGGUGCUGUCAACGAAGAUGGGACUUUGGUAGGAAAUAUCCCAUCAGGAGGUAGGGAACAGCAACCACAGGGUUCUCCAGUUCUCCCUACUGAAGCCCUUGUAGAUGGUGGAGUCAGUCCCAAUAGAGAAAAUGCCCCACAGAAAAGUUUUGAUCAGGCUAAGUCAGAGACAAAAGGAGAUGUGGAGAAUGAAUUAGCCAGAGAACAAAGCACAGAAAAACAGCAAGUAUUUGGAAGUGCAGAUAAUGGUGAAGGAGAGGCAGGUCAAGGGCAGGAGGCCAAGGCCACAGAGGGUGAAGGUCAAGAAACAAAUGAUGCUCCACAAGAGGAUGAAGUGAAAGACAACACCGAAACAGAGGCAAAAACUGAUGAGGAGACAAAACUGGCAGAGGGGCAAGAAGAAACACCUUCAACUGACACAGACCAAGCACCACCAGCUGAAGCAGAGGGAGAACAGGCAGCAGAAGGCACAACCACAGACCAAACAGAGGCAACAGGACCAACUGACCAACCACAGCCCACAGAACAGACUGACCAAUCACAAGCAGAUGAAGCAACACCAAAUGAACAAUCAGAAGAAGCUUCAAAUGAGCCUGCCCCAGCAACAGAUAAUGAGCAGGUGGCCACUGAACAGGGCGAAAAAGGUGAUGAACAAGAUGCUAAACCAGACAAAACAGAUGCCAAACCAGAUGAAAACACAGAUGCUCCUACAGAGGGUGCCCAGUCAGAGCAGAAAGAGGCUGGCCAAUCUGAUGAAAAUGUGUACUAG